GCUGGUAGAAGUGUGCGAACCGUCUGCGUGGUCGUGGACUGUACCCUCGGUAGUAUAUCAUUCACCUGAGGCUGGCAUUCGCACCAGAUUCUUCCAUACGUCGAGCCAGGAGCAUCUGCGAGUUUUGAAGCAAUCCAGGCGGCACAUGGAUUCCUGACGGCUGGAGACAGAGGCAGAGAAAUCCGCGGUAUCUCGAACAUUAGUCAUCGUCGCAGUCCACGAUGAUCGAGACCGAGCGCAUGACGACCCCGGCCUACAGCUUUGUGGACGUCAAGCCCGACGCGCCUCCGUCAAUGUACUCGACUCUGCGCCUUUUGGCUGUGUGCAGCCCUCGCUUGGCACUCAACACGGCGUGGGCGGCCCAAUGGGCGGCGCUUGGCCCGCUUCUCCAAGUGCUUCUCUCACCGUCGUCGGUGCAGCUCGUCCAGCUCGUGGGCCCGAUCUCUGGCCUCCUUCUCGCGCCUACUGUCGGCGUCUGGAGCGACAACUGUACCUCGAAAUUUGGUCGUCGUCGGCCCUUCCUCUGCCUCGGCGCGCUCCUCAGCUGCCUCUGCUGGCUCGUCAUGAUGUUUGCCGUCGAGAUCGGCGAGGCCCUCGGCGAUACGCCAGCGCAUCUCUUCGAUAGGUCGGUAGAGCCAUCGCGAGCCUGGACCGCGCGGGUCGUGGUGUUCACGUACGUUUGGAUGGACGUUGCGCUCAACUUGACGCAGACGCCGUUGACGCUGCUGAUCGCCGACUGCGCCGGGGACCGCCUCGUGACGGCGUCCGCCAUCGGCAGCGCGUACUCGAUCGCAGGCUCCUUUCUCGUAUCGGGCUACAUACUCGCGUUCGGCCCCGCGCACGAGAGCGUCAAGCCGUUCUUAUGCGUUCUUAUUGCCGCCAUGGCGACGACCAUCGGCCUGGUCAUGUUUGCAGCCAACGAGACACCGCGAAUCGACACGCAUUCGACGACGAGCACCUCAAAGGCCGCCUUCGCUGCCGUCUGGGACGGCGUCCGACGCCUUCCCCGUGUCCUCAGUGUCUACUGCGUCGUCCUCGUCUUUGUCCAAUAUGGCUUUUUCGCCUACAACGGCGCCAAGGGCCAGUUUUUCGGCCUCGUAGUCAAGAAUGGCAGUGCGUUUGGCGCUGAUACAUGCGGUCACGACAGCAACCCUCCGUGCAGCGCCGGACAGACGGCGUUCAAUGACGGUGUCGCGCUCGCGGGCGGCGCCACCGACACCAUGUACAACGUCGUGAGUCUUGUCUACUUGGGCGCACUGCCGGCGCUCGUGCGACGGUGCGGCGUGCAACGCGUUCUUAUUGCAUCGCUCCUUCCGCAGUCGCUGCUCAUCGUGUUGUCGAUCUCCAAGGUCAUUGUCCUCGACGUCGCGAUCGUUGUCGGCUGCAGCUUUACGCAAAACACACUUCUUGCUUUGUACCUCCCGACAAUCUGCCACGUCAUUGGCGUCGACGAAGACAUUGGUGUCUACGCCGGUGCAAUCAACUCGGCCAUGUGCGCUGGCCAAUUCUUCAGCUUUGUACUCGCGUCCGUCUUGGUGACGUCGUCCAUGGGCUACGGCCUCCCGAUCCUCGUCGGUGGGGUCAUGAGCUUGCUCGGUUUUGUCAUCGCCGCCAUGUUCUUUCGCAUCCAACUCUUCGCGUCAUAAAGUCUCUGUAUGUAAUGCCAUCAACAAGCGUUUCUGGGCAUCGCCUCGAUACGAAAGACAGCGAACAGCAAGCCGUGUAUAGUUAGUUAGUUGGCGGAGGAAGAACUAAAGUGACAACAGGAAUGGUGCGCUGCCAACG